AUGAACAACAGUAACCAGCAAGAAACGUCAGCCGUUAGACAGGAACGAUCGAUAUUCGAACACAUAAACAGCAUUAAUUUUCGCUCCGCGGUCACUCCUUCUCAAAAUCAUGUUCCCAAAAACAAUGCAGUUGAAAGCGAAUGUCACAGGACUUCUAGCGAGACAGCCGUUCCUUCUAACAACGUUUCUGUGCCGUUGGAUGGAACGAUACGAAAUGUGGAACCGACAGGUUUGUGUUUUUAUGUUUUGCCUGUUGUGUACUUGUGAUAUUUUGAGCGUUAUCCACAGGAGUGACUCCUGAUAAAACCAACUCUCCCUAGGAGUUUAAAUGUAAUACAAGGUCUAAUAUUCCACAAUCAGUUGAUUCAACCUCUGUAAACAUUGUUCGUAGUUGUAAUACGGAUAUUGACAAAAUGUUUGAUUUUUCUUGUGACCACUUCGCAUUGCUUGGUUGUUUAUAGAGUGUUUUGAACAGCGAGUUCCUCCUCUUUUGGAUUUUUCUUGUGUAUAUUCAAUUACAAACGUGUAACUGUAUCCUGCAAUAACAAUGAAUAAAAACUGCUUUAUCACUAUUUUCAAGGCAAAAUAAUCAUUCUCACAGCUACUGGAUCAGAUUCAAACAUUUCCCAUUACAAUUCAGCGUCUUGAAACUAAAAAUAAAAGGACUUUUUAUUUCUCAUACCUAUAUAAUUUGUAUUUUCAGUUGGAAUGCCUUCAACAGAAUGCUCUCAGUAAACACGGCUUUGAAGUACUAAUAUCAAUAUGGAUCUUUGCUUCCCUGUUUUCCAUACAAUUCGUAUAACGACACUAAUACUGCGUACCCUAGGAAGUUCCUUGUUCUUCGCUUUUAUUUGCCUUUGCUUUUAUCAUAACUGUCCAGUGGAUAACGCAAUCGGUUCCCUGAUUCUCUAUUUUCCAAUUGCCCAUAAUACACUCUGUUUGCCCCCCAAAUUCUGCAUAAACCAUUGUUUUUAAAUGCUCCUGGGAAUAUUGCAUUUUCCCAAGAGCAUUUUAAGACAAUAAGUUAUGCAAAAUUUGGGGGGCAAACAGAGUGUAUUAUGGGCAAUUGGAAAAUAGUCAAUACUUAUCCGCUGUAAAGUGAUUUAUCCGGUGGAUAGCACUGUUAUCCAAAGCCGGUUUGAACAACCGAGACCUGAUACAUUACUCGUCAUUCAUAAGACAGUCUUGAUAUUCAAGUCCCUCUGCAAACUGGCUUCAAUGUAUUUGGAAGACUUUUUUAAUGAACUAAGUACAAAUUACAAUUUGCGAAAUCCUUGCUGUAAUUCAACAUUGCCCAAAACACGCAGUAAUUAUUAGCUCUAGCGGGGCAAAUACCCGCGUUCGUUACCUAACUAUUGUGGAAAUCGUUACCAAUUAGGGCAAUUUAAAAGGAAAGUAAACCGACUAUUGCAAUUCUCGGUUUCCCACUAGAUAAUAAUCUUGUAAAUCAGUAAAUGAAUUUACAGUCAAACUACCAUGUGCGACCACCUUCCAUAAGCGACCGCCGAUCCAAAACACUAAAAUUUUUCCAGUCAGAGCCUUGCAGUUGGAAUCUAUAGUAAACGGUCACCCCCUGUAUGCGACCGCGACCGCUUUUUGAGCCUGACGGUUAAUGCCAUUGUUUUUAACCUCUCGUAAGCGACCACUUGACGCAUUCUCUGAUCUCUCUUUUUGCUGUGUGUACUAUGUUACUUAGAAUAUACAAAGAACUCUAGUGACAACAUAGAACUACACAUAUCCUAACAUAGACAUUGCAUGCAAUAAAUUAUCUUCCAUAAAGUAAAUGUGCCUGGACCUCUUCUCGGAAGAGACCCCUGUGGGUCAAACACCUCCCAUAAGCGACCAGUCAGUCUUUGCAUUUUGGGUGAUCGCUUACGGGAGGUUCGACUAUACUGUAUACCAAGGGACAGCCGACCCUCUCAGUCCUUAGUUACGAUCAGCAUUGUAAAAAGUCCGUGUGAACUGUCGCUUAGGCCACGCCCAGGAAUCUGGAUAUUUUUGAAAUCGCAUAUUUUUUUACACGAAUCAACCUUCCACACGAAACCAGUGAAUCCACUCACCGAAACCUCUUCUUUUUCAAACCGCUCUCCAAAGUGGUUUAGGGCUCUGUCCCCCAAUUCCGGUUAGCGAACUGUGUGGUCUCUAAAGUGCCUGAAUUCGUGUGGGCGUGGCCAUAAAGCUUAACGCCAGCAGUCAUUUUCCCUUUUACUUUGCUUUCAGGUGACGUCGCAGAGAAGAACAAUUUGUUUGAGCGUGUGAGGAUCAACUCAUUAAUCGACAGCCUAGCUCAACAGAAGAUGACAAGAGAAGGAAACGGAGAGUUUCCUUUCUCUGACAAACUUCGUCAACUUACUGCUAUAAACAAGGAAACAGGCAAUAAAUUGUCUACUGUUGUGCGCCCUCUGAGAACGGGUUAUGAAAGUGUCGCCUGCAAUCGCUCUUUUCAACAGGUUGUGCCGGCAAGCGCACCUCCGUCGGCGGCCAACACCAUUACGGCGAGAAUUGUUAAUGGUCAGCUCAAACCAAUCGGUGCGCAAGCUGUGACGCCUUCAGAGGUAUCCCAAGUGAACGCUAACGUAAUAUUUCCUUCCGUGACACCUCUUAGCUACCAAAGUGAGGUUCAAACUUCUCUGGCCGGGAAUAAUCGAGAAAUGGUGUCAGGAUACUACACAGUGAACGGUACAACUGUUAACAGAAACAACCCUGCGAGAAAUGCCAAUUCAAUGUACACUCAACCAAAUGCAGUAGCGAAGAUUAAACACAUGGCUGCGGACAAACCCAGCGAAGAACAUGCUCAUACAAACUUGGCGGCGACUCAUUUGAUUGGUCCGUUCAUCAGUGCCGUGCCGCCGCCCCCGAAUACUUACGUCGCAGCUGUAAGAACUGCGCAACUGCAGACUUUGAAUAAUGAAUUGCAAUCUUCAGCCUCUCCACAGAUGCAAGAAGUUCGUUCAACAUUGAAGGGACACUCAUCUUCCUCGGGAUUUAAACUAGUUUUACCAGUUUAUGCUCAGGUCGGAAUUCGACCACCCCGCGUUGCCAAUCGAAUUUUGACCCCGCCGAUUACUUUGAAUUCUCUGGAGGGAAACACUCUAUCACAUGACAAACAACAGAACUUGAUUUGCGGAGAAAAGCUUCUACCUUCGCCAGAUUUCCGGGAGAGAAGUUUUCGGCCUGUCUCUCCUCCCACUGGAGGGAGAGACACCUCACCGCGUGUCCAUCAUCACAUAGUUGCUUACAAUGGACAGAGUGAGACUCUAAGCUCGCCGCUUCGAGUACGGAGAUCAGUUUUUGAUACGAAAACGGGCCUUGGAAGCAGGGGCUCAGUAGAGGAGGAGCUCGCUGAUCAAUCGUAUGAAUGCGCCUUGCGGGAAUCAGCACACAGCCCCGACAUUGAAAGGUACUUGCGUUGCGAGUCCCCUCUUACGGUACUGAGCUCGCCAAACACAAAAUCAAGUAAUAACUCGUGUGAGGGCACUUUUCCCGAAACGGUUGAGAACCAUGUUAAUUCAUCCUUAUUAUGCAAUGGCGAAUCAGAAAGCGUUAUUACACCAAGCGCCUCGUCAAAGGAAUGUACUGAUUAUUGCUCCACGGCAAAAACACCUGAAAGCACAGAUUUAAAGAUAAGUGAUGAGGAGACAGACGUUUCUAAAAAAAAAGUUAACAGUGCAAUGAUCCGUCGUUUGGAACCCAGACUUCCGUCACCCGUGCGCGAGCGUGGCGCCGCUGGGGACUUGUAUCGAGAUCCCAGCGAGUUAACGCGGGAGGAAAGAGCGCUCCAAAGAGCGAUGAUGCAGUUUAGUGAGAUGGAAAUGAAGGAGAAAGCUAAAGAGAUUAAAAAGAAAGACUCUUUAAAGAGACGUCUUAGGAAACGUCCUAAGGUAAAGUAUUUGCAACUUUGUGUUACCUCGUUGGUCAUCCUCUCUAUCUGCUCACGUAUACUGUACUAGUCAGCUGGGUCUUGACUCUUUCAUUCCCGGAAGAGGUCGAAGACAGAAUCCUUCAACAUACAGGAUCCACCUAUUAUUUUGUCUCAUCUUUCUCUGUAUGCUAAGAGCAUGUGCUUCGGACAGAUAAUCCCUGUAAUGAGGGGAUAAAUGGCACAAAUCUACCCAUCUUUGUAUACCAUGUUCCUUUUAAUAAUCAAAACGACCUUUACGGCAAGGAGAACGGCAAAAAAGCGGUGCAAUAUCUUAGGCUUAACUACAGAAUCGACCGAACACUUAACACUCAAGCAACUCAUUUCACGUUCUUUUCAUCCACUAACGAGUCACCACUCAAAGUUUAUAUCUAUUCAAAUGUAACACUCAAAUCAUUUCUUUCUUUUCCCUUUCAUCCACGAGCCAAACGUGCCUUGAAAUCGUAAUGCCCUCAAAAACGGUCUUGCAUCUCAUGUAGUUGCUCCAUGAAAGGAUAUUAAUCGUGGUAUGAGUAUGAUAAGUACAUCGGUUGGCGCACCUCGGAUAGUCACUUUGUUCUUUAUCGCAAAGUUUCGACCUUGUACUGCAGGUCUUUAUUAGGGUAUAGUGUAGAUAUAAUCAAGAUCCCGCUUACUAGUACGUUGAUUUAACGGUCCCGCACUGCGAAUCGACACCUGAUGAAGAUCAGUUGUACGCGGUCGAAAACUCGCGGUCAAUAGCAAAGUGACUAUCGUGAGACAAACAAUAAACGAGCUUUUUAACAAAGCAUAAUUGCGAUUGGUGAAUAGCGCGGAACGAAUUUAAUUGUCCGAAAUUAAGUGCUACAACGGACCCCUCACACCGAAAAAAAAAAAUAGAUAAACAAAAGCACAAAAAUCGCGAUCAUAAUAAACCUUGGUUUUGAAAAUGAUGAAGAAUAUACCUUGACUUUUCCUUAGUGCACUUCGUACAUUGCUUAUCAUAUCUCUUAGUCAGUCGGUGACGGGCUGUGAUUGGUCAAUUUUGCGUGCCGUAUUUUACAGUAAGGCCCACGUGAUUUGAAUGUUUCUUUUUCCCACGCGCCUGAUUUAUGUCAGAGAUGUGACAAAUCCGUGAGACCUCAAACUUGGUUAGUAAGAAGUGUGUAUAACUUUUAUUUCAAAUUACACUAUUGUUGUCGUAUUUUUGUGUUUAUCUUAAUUGUAACCGACCUAGGCUCAUCAACAAACAUAGAUUUUGUGAGAAAUUGUAAGGUUGCUCAAUUAAAAUUUUGUUAUAGGACAAAUCGAAGGCUGUAACUAAUGACACCAGGACACAGACAGGUAAAGUAUCUAUCCUUUGUUGAAAUCAUUUUGUACUAGUUCAUUCAUCGUCAGCUAAUACUUAUCUUGCAAUACUACGCCUAAGUACCCACAAUCUGUGCAGUUUAAGACCAAUUUGGAUGUAUUUUAAUUUAAACUUUACUCUAAGGCGUAGGGGAAUAAAACAAAAGCAACGCAUCAUUUAUCCCUGGACCCCAAUGAUUUCGUUGUAUCAUUCCCCCUACUUUCGGAGAUGAGUAUGAAGUGAAAGAUAGCUGAUUCAAUAAAGGUUGCUUUGGUAAUUGGAAAUUGAGCUUUGGGCAUUGGGAAGCUAUUGAUUGGUGGUCACUCAAGUAAAUUGUUCGAUAUGCCCAAAGGCGCAAUGCCAAAUUACCAGUGACCGAUUACCAAAGCAACCCUUUUUGAUUGAGCUGUAUAUCGAGAUUGGUCGCAACAAUUUUGUACAUAAAUUUGCAUGAUUUGUCAACACUUUACAUUCACGUAGAGUACACAGCUAUGACAAAAUUUAGUUCAGCUAGUUAAAACUGACAAAUAAAUGGCAAUUAUAAUGGUGAUAAUAAAUGCAGCCGUUUUUGUCACUGCUCUUGUAUAUCCCCCUUUUCUUCCCUUGUCCAUACUGUUCUAGAGACCAGAGUCGUCUCCAGUCCCCCACAUUCGUCCGGGCUUCCAUUGAUGCAGUGCGUUCUUGUUGCAUCUAUCUCGGGUGACUGGGAACUACCCUGUUUAAAGGAGCUGUGUCACGAAAUUCAGCCAAAUUAGGAAAUUACAAAAUGCCCUUUAAAUUAAGAGAAACAUAAAAAUAGACGCUUAAAACUUUAAAGGAAGGUUAAAUUAACAUAACAGAAACAACAGAUGCCACGGAUGGGAAAAAACUGAAGAAGAUUGAAACGGAUUGAAAUUAGGGUUUUUGAAAACUAUUCAGCCCAACAGUUUUUCAAAGUUGAUCCCUGCUGCUUGCAACUUCAAAAAUAAUGCUCAGGAGACAUAUUUGUUUGUCUCGGAUCUCUGAUUUUGUGAUUUACCUGUAAUUUCUUUGCUUACUUUAAGUUCCAUAGCGAUUUAGGGCGAGUAGUUGGCAAAAUUAAACAAAAUGAACUGGACUGCCGUGACACAGCCCCUUUAAGGCCACUUGCAUUAAACGUAGCGUCGGAAGUAUCUGCCAUCGACUUGCGUUAAAAUAAAGUCUUUGACUUUGCUGAAGGUCAGACGUUUGCUUCCAGGUCCGACGUAAAGUUUUAUUCAGUUUAAUAGGUUCAACCUUGUAGAGUUUAACGUAAAAUUUAGAACGCAUUAAGCUUCUUAAGCUUAGAUUAAAAUUCCUUGUAGAGGCUUUUUAUCAUUAUGCCGUAAGGGGUUAACAAUUUUUUUUGUUGCUUCAUUUGCAGCAACAAAAGUUUGGUUUAAGAAGUUUAAACGCAAAGUUAGUAUAAACCGUUGUUGUAAGUGUUAUGUAAUGACACUGAGGGCCGAUGAUUUAUCUGAAAACCUUAUAACCAAUCAAGUCAUCACACUCGUUCUUUUUUCUCUCUAGUACGUUCAGGUGGAAUGUAGGAGCCUAUUUUCGGUUCCACUGCUUUGUGGAUUUGUCAAUCGUCAGUUAAAUUACACAGUUUAAAUAAAAAAGGAAGACGAGUCAGUGUUUUUGCUUCAGACCUUUCUGAGCAUAUCCGUGGUGUUAAUCGUCUUUUCCCACCAACAUUUGUUUGUUUUGCAGCGGCUUUGGUUUUCUCAGAGAAAAAGCAUGACCAUCAAGGCUCAAGGUACUUACGUAGUAAUUGUAAUCUUCAUUAAGGCUUUCAUUCAUAGCCCCUGAAGAAAAUACCAUGGAAAUUGAAACGUGAUGGGUGUUUUUAAAACUGAUUAAAACACUGCGGAGUUUUUAGUCCCGAUUUUCUUGGGAAAAUAUGUAAAGACCCCACAGAAGAAUAAACACAUUUAGAAGCAAGUUUUGUAAGCCGUUAUCAAAACUGGAAACACCUUACUCCUAAAUAAUUUUUAGCAAGGAGUGCUAGCUCUCGAAGUUUAUGACCCUUACAAUUAUAUGUUGUGAAACGUCUCUAUAUUCGUUUCCCAAAGUGUUAAUGGUACAAGUCAAAACUUAACAUUGGACUUAGAUUGAGAAUCAGAUUGACAAUCAAGUCAUAAACGUUGUCGUAUUUUAUUUCUUUUGUGAUUCUGGUUUUGUCCAUAAAGAGUGUGGUGGUGUGUACAGAUGUCAUCAGUUACAGGCACCCAACGACUGUUUUCUGUGAAAUAUCUGUUCGGAGAAGGAAAUAUUGCCGUGAAUUUUCUACUACUACUUGAGAACGGCUAAAAAUUUCUAGAUGAUCGUUCCAUUCAUGUACAAUUUGCGAAGUUUAUCUUAUAUAUUCCCUACGAUUUUCUGAAGUUUAAUUUUCACCUUUUCCUUCCUAAGUUAGGCUAUUUUUCGUAGAAAAAAAGGAAACCUAAAACUUUCGGAUUCAAAAAUAUGAUGGCGUUAGGAAUCAGAAAAUGUUUCACUUUCGAAGUACGCCAAAUUUCAACUAAAAUUUUCGGAAAAAUAAUACUCAAGCCCUUGUAAUUUCGAAAAGACUCAAGUUCCCCUAGGACGACCGAACAGAUAGAAAUUUUAUAGCGACACUUAGAAUGCAUUUCUAGAUAUCUAAAAGUACUCUGGAUAGCCUAAAAAGUGUUUUCAAUGUAUUUAGGAGGAAACCGUCGUUGGGUGCUCCUGAUCAGUCUUGUCUUUAAUCUGAGUGGCCGUUGUACUUUGAUAACAUUUUUUAGGGCAAGAAGACGAUUCAUCGGUAAAAAGUAGCGAAAACCAAGAGGCGCAACCUGUCAAGCGAAAAAGAUCGAACUCUAAACCUGAGAAUGUAAGGCUUUACAACUGAGUUGAAUUAUUUUGGUGUUUGUGUGGACGUAAUUGAUGUGCAGUUAGUGAAGUGAUCAGACUAGCUAAAAAACUGACUGAACUUUGUAAUUUUGUUUUUACCACCAGGUUGAACAACCCAAAAACAGACGAAAGUCCGAUGAUGCAGGUAAAUUUCAACAGAAUUUUCCCUUUUUGUCUUUAUUCCUUGAUGCCCUCGGGCCUUGUGUGACGAGAAUUGCGUUACAUACCGCGUCAUUUUGAAUUAUUAGCAUCAUUUUGUUUGCACCCGCUGAUUCUAUUAAUUAUUCAUUUCGUGAUAUUCCAAAUUUCCUUUUACAGACAAACGCGCUUUAGUCUUCAAACCAACAGAUGUACAUCGAACGAAAACGUUUUUACCGAAUAACAAGAAUACGGUAACUAUAUUUAAUAUUUAGUGGACAUUAUCAAGGUGUUUUGGUAAGCGUAUCGUUGCGGGAAACAUUGUUCACCGCGAUGACAUCCCCAUUCAUAUAAAUCAACCGAUCGCUGAAGGUCUUUUGAUGUGUUAAUUUUUCGGAGAAUUUGUAUUUACAACUGUAACUGUUAACUGUUGAAAUCGCCAUUAACGCUUCUCAGAAUAUUAACAAGCCGAUACUGACUCGACCCAAUCGAGUAAAAUCCGAAUAAAAUAUAUCACGAUCAAGCACAAACGGACGACAACGAGUUUCGAUUUGUUGAGAUGUUGGAAGCUUAAGCAAAGGUUUUUUUAGAGCGACGGACAUCAACCGGAAGUGAGACAUCUGCACUGGUAAUAUUCCGUGACGCUAGCAAAUUUCUAUUGCCAGGUGUCUUAACUCUUUUCGAGACGAUGCGGCCGAUAAUUUUGGCAAAGCCACUGUCCAAGAAUGCGAAAAGUCGACUUCCUAUUGAUGUGCAUCGCUCAAAAAAUAAUGAGGAGACUAGGGGUCUAUCCGCACAACCAAAAAGGCCGUUAUUUAACCAAAUUUUCGGUCAUCACCAACGCUUUACAAAUGCGGAUGGUUUGUUGCGAUGUUACAAAUUUUGCCUUACACUGGACAAUCUUCCAAAGCACCUCGGACAAAAUUUGUUCCUUGUAAAAACUGGGCAAAGUCGACUUAAUGAACGAAAACGGGUUUUUCUUGUCAAUCAUUUGUUGCAAAGCCAUUAUUUUUCCAUUUAGUAGUGACAGAUGUGACAGCCUGUUAAGAGUAAAUAAUUUCAAGUGCGGAUAAAUUUUCUCAAAAUAAAAAUUGUCACCAUACAAUUUUUAGAGUUAGAUGCUUCACGCACAAUUGCGGAUCCACCCUUAGUUACUUAAAAAUGAAGGGUUGUCUUCGUGGGAUAGAAGAACGCGAAACAAAUGUUUUAUCAACUGAGGCGAUAAAGGGAAUUUACCACUUUACCCUAAGAAGAUAUUGAAAAAUCUUUCCUUUCCAGCUCUAGUCCUUCUUCAGAGCAUUCAAGCGAAAUUACGCUAGGUGACGAGGAACCAUAACUUCUCAGUCCAUAUUGUUAUCAAGUUUUCUGUCAUUUUUUUUUUCAGUUUCGUGAAAUUGGUGUUGUGUAAAACGGGGAACGGGAAAAUGAAAAAAUGGGAAGAAAACCUAACUUGAACCCCAGCCCUGUCAGUGACUUUAUUUCCAAUUCUCUGUUUUGUUCCCAUUUUUGCCUUUUUUUCCGUUCCCCGUCCGCUUUCUUCGUUCCCCGUUCACCGUUUCUCGUUUCUCGUUUUAGUAACAUCCCUCAGAGGGAAGCUUGAAGGCACAAAGCUCAGAGUUUUGUGGGUCGAUCGUUAGCAAAAGCCGUUGUCCGUUUUUUCAAAGCAAGUUUCAAAAUAUAAAUUAAGAUUGAAAGAGAGGUUUGACGUACCUUCUAUUCCUCCUUUUCUUUUCGUCUUUGAAAAAACUAUAAGCGUUUCCUAGAGAAUUAAACUAGCUUUUCCGUCACGGCAACAUGAAAAUAUUUUUCCCAGAAGUGUAAAUGAAAACCAACUGUCCUUUGCUGAAAACCAACUGUCCUUUGUGACAUGGCAAGGUCAAAAAUGCGCGCGCCGUAGAUCAACCAAUCAGAUUCGUUUUUAUGAUGCUCACGCAAUGUUCGCGCGUGCGCCGAUUUGAAUUUAAAAAGCCGUGUUUUCCAGCUCUGCUCCGCCUCUGCUCCACCUCUGUUUUUCUGCGCGAAGAAGGUGCUGAAUUUUAGAAAGAGCCGAAAAUUCACGUUCUGUUGUGUGUUAAAUUAGGCAAAGAUUAAUUCACUCUGCUCUCCUUUUUUUUUUUUUUUUUUUCACUAGGCGUCAGCAAAUCCUCAAAACUGUCAUCCAUUCUGACAGUGUAGGCAUGGUCAAGCAAAUUUAAUUGCGUCUCUCUGCCCUGAACACAGUACAUUGAAGUCAGGGCAUUUUCAUUCUUUCCUCGCGAGUUUUUAGAGAGAUUUUCCUCUUAAAAAAUGUGAAUCGGUAUAUCCACAUUCGUUCAUCGCUUUUUUUCGCUAAGCGUCAGCAAAUCCUCAAAACUGUCAUCCAUUCUUGCAGUGUAGGCAUGGUCAAGCAAAUUUAAUUGCGUCUCUCUGUCGUGAACAUAGUUCAUUGAAGUCAGGGCAUUUACAUUCUUUCCUUUCGAGGUUUUAGAGAGAUUUUCCUCUUAAAAAAAAUAUGAAUCAGUAUAGUAACAUUCUUCCCUCGCGAGAUUUUAGAGAGAUUUUCCUCUAACAAAAUUAUGAAUCGGUCUGUUUUGCUGAAAAUACUGGUCAUUUCUCGAUAGAUCUUUUAGCCACGAACAAUAAAUAUCGGAAUUGAGACAUGUAAACUCAUUUUUAGUACUUUUUUCUUGAUUUUAGAACAUAACAUAUAGUUUAUACCACAGGUUCAAGCUAGAAUAAUUCAUUAAAGAACUAAAAAUGAUUCACGUUUUUAAUCUUGUUGUACUUUCUCCAUUUGGCGCAUACAUUGGUCAUGUUGUCGCGUAAAUUCGUCAACUUGUGCUCUUGCAUUCAGUUAGUUAUUCUCUACAUUACGACGGUCCCCGAAAAGAAACGAAAGCUAUUCUUCCUAUGGUAAAAAAUGAAUAAAUGCUCACGCAUCCUUUUUAUCCCCUCAAAGGAUACUAAUCCAGCAAAAGUGAGAAGAAGUUCAAGUGACAGUAAGUUAUGCUUAGCUUGACAGCUUAUAUAUUUUCUCUAUCUUUUGUGUUGAAAUUUGAAAAUUGUGUUCUGGCAAACUGUACUGAUGAAAGCUUUUCGUUUUAGCCCGUGGUUUGAAGGCAAACAGAAAAGAAAACCUUCCAGAAACCACUUCAGUCAAGAGAUCCUUACACACAGAAUACCCGGAUAUGAGGACGAAGGUAGCCAAGUGUCUCAAAGAAGGGUUAGAACCACUCAAGGUGAAAAAACAGGUCAGUUUAUGUAGUGUUACAUGAAGUGUCUCUUUAUAGGUCACCACAGAAGGCGUUUUGGCUUAAUUCAUCAUUACGAGCUUAAUUUUCAUGUAUUUCCCGAAAAAAGCACUGCUAGCAUAAUUUGCACUUUUGGCUAGUUUUGCAACACAAAAAUGAUACAGUGGAACCCCGCCACCUCGGUAAUACGGUCACCUCGUUAUUACGGUCACUUUUUUUCGGCCUGGCAAAAUGGCCAUACAUUUCCUAUUAAAAACACCCCGGUAAUGCGGUCACCCGUUAUACGGCCAACGGCCACAUUUUAAAAUCCCAAACAGUAGAAUCUCUUAUAAUUUCACCCCGUUAAUACGGCCACCCGUUCGAAAUUUAGAAAAUUAAAAUGCCUGUGAGAUGUCAAUUUUAUUGACCUAGUACUCUGAGCCUUGUCUUUUAUUGUUUUUAGACUACAGUACACAUAAAGUGCACUUGUUGCGAUUUUAUACGCGAAUUUUAAAAGUUUUUUAUGUACUGAAGGAAAAUUUCAAGUAGUUUUUUCAGUUAUUGUACGCGAUAUCUACAUUCCUGUCGGGUUAUGUAGUGCUGUUUUCUCAUCGCAUUUGUUUUCUUUUCGGCAGGAGGUAGCUCAGCCCAGCAAUACCGGCGUUGGUAAGUUGCCUGUAGUCAUAUUUGUGUUCUUGUUUGACAACAUGUAGUUUUUGCCUGUAAUCAGCCCGCGGGAUACGUGUGGAAUACUUUGCCAGCCUCCCGCUUCUUCUUUGUCGCAGACGUUCCGAUCUCUGCCUAAUAUAGACCUUAAGAUCGAGGUUUGACUGUCUUACCGCAAACGCCAAACCGCGGUUUGCGGUUUCACGUUGCCCCUCUGCCCAUAUUUGGAACAUAAGAUUCGCGGGUAAUAGCUCGUGGCUGGCAUGUUUGUUUUCUUUCAGACGUUCACUGUCUUCUAUUUUAGCUGAGAAAUCGUCUUUAAAAUUACGUUUCUAUGAAAAAUAAUUCGAUAAUUAAUCAGCGAAAUAGUUCUAAAAAGUAUUAUUUUCUCACGGACGUGGGAUUGUGAUGUUUUAAAGUGCAAAAAUCUUUGCAGUAAAUCACUUACCUCUAGAGCGAGGUCUAGCCCUACAAACGUGAACCUCAAACCGCAAACUUGACGACAAGGCACUAGUCACGUGACUUCUUGAUGUUCGCGGUUCGCGGGAAAUGCCGAAAAACCUCAAUCUUAAGGUCUGUUAUGUUGCCAUUAACCUUCAAACCAAAAAUUGGUGAAAUCAGUAGUUUACAUGAAAUAUUAACAUUUGCGUUUUCCAUUCAGCAAAGCCAGACAGGUCGCAUCGUAUCAAGACAUACAUGCUUGUGACUGCUUACCAAGGAUUUAGGGUACGUACAUGUAACUGUGCCAUAAUUUAUUUAUUUGUUUGUUUAUUGAUUAAGUUUUUCACGCAGUGACAGUUUACUCCUGUUAAAAACCUCAUCAUGUUAUAAAAAUAGGUAACAGAAGAUGUGCAUAAGGGCUCAGUGGCCCUUAUGCAUGUGCGAAUUUUACCACCAAGCUUCGUUUGUAAGCAAGAUUCUUCGCAUUUCACUCUUUCUGCGUGGGUAUUCUUUUCAACUCCUCUGCCUUGGGGUUUCAUUAAUACAGCUGAACUUCGCAACUUUCCAUUUUAAAACAAGGCUUGGUGGUGAAUUUUGAUCGUCGGACGUAAACAUGCAUAAGGGCUGUUAGGCUUCUCGAAGCUAUGAAACCUUCAGCCCUUUACAAAACGUACGGUGGUCUACGCUGUGUGACUCGUCAGUUGAAUAUACAGUACUAACAAACGAUCUGUUGAUUGACUAGUUGGUUGCUGUCAUGGGUUCCUGCAACUUGAUGAUGUUUUCUUUUUUUAUGUUCUGUCUACUAGGACUUUAAACCAGUCGUACUGGAGUCGCGAACCCGAGGAAAGGGCAAGCAAACUGAUGAAGGUAAUACCAGCACCACUACCACGACGACGGGCAACGAAAACGGCGAAAAAGCAAUAGGUUUAGUACUUUGCACGUGCAUCACGCUUUUUUGUACAUUUCGUUGCCGUCGUUGCACGACUCCAACAUCAAAGUGCGUAAUUUCACGUUUUGUCGAGGACGGGAGCACACGACAACAACUCUCUUUUUCUUUUCCUGAACUUUGGUACAGUCCUUUAGAAUUCAACUACAAAAAAAAUUGCCAACAUUUGACGAAUUAAACGAGAUGGAAUAAGCGCGGUAAAGUUUGAAGCAGCGCGACUUCAUUUUUUAAGUGACGUUUUCGUAACCGUCGCCGCCCUUGUUGCUUAAGCUCCCUACUAUGCCCAGGGGGCCAGGGAUUUCCCCCGGCUACAAUGAACCUGACCCCUGGCUACUUUCAUAGAAAAAAAAAUAGAAACAAAAGAAAUCCCUAGCAGUUUGAUUCUCAACCCACUUGUUGUAUUUACCUGGAGACUAGAAAUCUUUAUGACGGCCCAUUAAUUGUGAGUAAGAAAGGGAAUGUGAAUGCAAAUGGAAUAUGAUUAGUGAUGUGAAUAUGAAUGGAAAGCGAGUUGCAAAUAAGAAUGUGAAUGUAAAUAUAAGUGAAAAAGGGAAUGUGAAUGCAACUGGAAUAUUAUUAGUGAUGUGAAUAGGAAUAUCAAUGGAAAGGGAGUGCAAAUAAGAAUGUGAAUAGGAAGGUGAAUGUAAAGGUGAUUGGAAAAGGGAAUGUAACUUUUAAAUGGAAAACUGAUUAUGGAUGUAAAUGGUAAAGGGAACGUGAAUGAGAAUGUGAAUACCAAUGGAAAUGUAAAAUGGGAAUGCGGAUGGGAAUUGGAGUAUGGUUAUGUGAAUGUGAUUGCAAAUGCAAAAUUAGGUACUGGAAUGUUAUUGAGUAUCAAACUGUGAAUAGGAUAUCUGUCUGAAUUUAUAAAAAGGUACCUACAGAAAUUUCAAGUGCUUUCUAACCAUUUGACCUUGAGGUGAAUAGAAAUCAGUUGAAAGUCGCUAGUUACGGCUUAAAAAGAACAACUUAAUCGCUGGAAACACAGGAACAGUCGCUCUUGGCAAAAGCGACAGAUUUGUAAUGAAAUGAACAACGUGGUGAGGAAAGAUGUAAACGGCAUUAUAAACACGUUUUUUUUUGUCUACUGCAGCUUGUUAAGGGUUUCUUGUACUGAAAACGUAAUGAAAAAAAAUGGUCAAGUACUGGAAAAGCCUCAAGCGAGACUGUUGCUAAAAAAUCCUGGAAGUACGUUUUUGCAAAUCUAGACAGGUAUACAUGUAAAUUUAAAUGGUAAAGAGGAAUGCAAAUGGAAGUAUGGGAGUGCAUGUGUAUCUGAAUUGUAAAUGGUAAUGUCUGUUUUACAAAGGUAGACGGCUGAGUGUCUCAGAUUCUGAAUAAUUAUAUUAUGCCUGUGAAAUUAGUUUGCGUCCCCAAAAAGAGUAGUCUAAGAAAACAGCUGAUAUUUUUCGGCGUCAGCACUAAUUUUCCCGCGAAUUGACGUUUGAGAAACGAGCGCAGAAAUUCCCUGCCAAUGACGUGUCGUUACCCAAAUCUGGAUAGUGCUUCGGAUUAGUUGAGCUACAAGGAAAAUUGGCUUCAACCAAUCAGAGGCACUAACCAGAUCUGGGUAGUGACACGUCAUCAGUAUGGAAUUUCUGCGCCCGUUCCACAAAAGUCAUUCCGCGGGUAAACCAGUGGUCGCGUCGCGAAAUAUCGGUCGUUUUCUUCGGCUUCAAAAAGAGUCGCUGAGUUUUAAAGUGCUUAGGCCACAUUAAAAUGAAAUUUUUUAAAUGAAUAUCUUCAGAUGCACAACAGAAGACUUCCAAAGCAUCAGAGUUCCCUCUACUCGUGGUGGAGAGCGUUCAUUCAAAACCUGUUAAAAACAGUAUAAUCGCCGAGAACAAAGAAGUCCAACACUUGGUUGAGAACUGUCUAAAGGCUCGUGGCAAGUGGCAAAUAGAUGAAAUCCUGGAAGAGGUAAAUUACCUGUCCAAUAUUAAAGGAGUUUUGUUACGAAAUUUAUCGAGAUUCAAACAUUGGAAUUGCCAGUCACCGAAUUGAGCGAACCAUAAACAUAACUGCUCAAAACAUUUAUAGAAAGUAUAGACGACACAGGAAAUACAAAAGAGUUUUAGCUUCUGAUAAUAGACCUUGUCACGGUUUUCGACGCCAUCUUGACGAGUAGGCAAACGCAUGAGAAAUUACAGUGAUUGUAUCAUUUCCUUAAAACGGCUGUUCUGAAAAAAAUAUGAAUUGUAAACUAAAGGUACAAAGCAAAGGAUUGUACUACAAAAUUUUGGGGGCGUACCUGUGCUUAAAAUUCUCCAGAGGCUUACUUUAGAUUUUCCACAUAUUUGUCUGUAAUUUUUCCUGGGACUUUCUUACGGACAAAUGUAUAGAAAAUUUUAAAAAGUUGUUCUAGGUCUUCUAGCACAUGUAAGGCCCUGAAUUUUUUCAGUAGAAUCCUUUGGGGUGAAACUUUAGUUUAGAAUUCAUAUUUUUUUCAGAACAGUCGUUUUACGGAAAUUAUUCGACAUUAGAUUCUUAUACAAAUACUGUAAUUUCUCUCGCGUUUGCCUGCUCGUCAAGAUGGCGUCGAAAACCGUGACAAGGUCUUUUAAUAAAAUGAUCAUCAAAGGAAAAGUCAUGUGAUCUUUAAGCAAAUUAUUUCAACUAAUUCUUUACGAAAAUAUAUGGAGGUCAAUCUGGAGAAUUUGUAAGUGCAUAUUGGUGCUUAAAGGGUUAAUUUCGAACCCUGCAUAAUUCUAGGCAGUCCUAUAAAAGAGGAGUGUGCUGUUUUCACGUUAACAUUCAUACUCUCUUGGCAUGCUCUUUCUUUUUUGUUAUUGUGUAUUGCAUAUUUUUUCACUUGAUAAGGGUAAACAAAAUUUGCCCAUUACAGUACACUGGCAUCGUUGUUGGAGUCUUGAUCGUCACUAACGAGUGUAGCUCUGUCAAGAAACUGUGUGUAUGUUUGUAAUUUUGGUUGGUAAAGAUAGUCUCUUGAUGAACCACUGUAAAGAUCGUUUUCCAAGGAAAUUAUAGCAAAACGUAGUUCUGCCCCUACCCGUUCGUCCAGCUUUCGGAGGCACUGGAAUGAACUCAUCGCCAUAACUUUAUAAUUUGUGCUAUUUUAUUGAUUGGCUAAUCUUUCAUUCUUUUGUCUUAUUCCCGCAGAGUAUAAAGGAGGAUGAAAACCUUAAAGGUAAAGUUAAUUUUGACUUAGAAAUAAACUCGUUGGCUUGGGCGUUUCUCUAACUUCUUUCUCUUGAUUAUUCAUUUUAGAAGCCAGGAAGCUGAAUGUGAAUCGUAAUACAGGGGAAACCGUUCUACAUAAAGCGGCCAGGCUAGGUUACCAUGUGAGUAUUGCGUUGUUUAUAGAACAUGUAGUACUCUGUACUGUGUCAACAUAAUGUGAAAGAGAUUUCGCCCUAUGACUAGAUCCACGUAAUAAGUAAAUUACAAUUUUUAAAGUUACUAGUGGGAAGGUUUCACUUUAUGGACUUCCACCGUGAUAUCGUCGCGAAGUGUUUUGGCGCUUCGUCUCUGAAUCCAGUGGUCUACUCAAUAUUUCAGCUCCUGUUCGAUUCAGCACGAACAGACCAAUUUCGACAUAUUAAAAUUCUUACUUGGCUCCGAGGCUCGAAUAAAUAAGACAAAAGAAAUGUAUUCAUCUCUGAGCCUCAAAGCGAUUUCUUUUGUUUUAUUCCGCCAAGCCAAGUGUGAAUUUUACUAUAUCGAAAUUGGUCUAUUGAUCUCCUUGGGUAACUUUUAAGACCAUUACGCUUUAGAGCACCGGACUUGCAAUUCGGAGGCCCUGACUUCAAAUCCCGUUUUGACCUCUAGCUGGAUUUGUUCAUGGUUUUCCCGAGUUCAAAUCCUUGGCCACGCUUGUAAAUAGCCAGCUAGUUUGCCUCCAGCCAGAUGCUAUUCUUAACCCUCUUAAGCUUGAUUUAAGUUAUCUGUGUCAGGCAUUUGCUCGGCGCCACUAGCAUUACAUUUAUACUAUAAAUACUGCCGAGGGUAAAUAAAUAAUAAUGAUAAAUUUAUAAUUACUUGGUAACGUAUGUUUUUCGUAGGAGACAGUGCGGCACCACAUCCACCAAGGUAUCGAUCCGAAUGCUAAAGACAAUGCAGGAUGGACCCCGCUCCACGAGGCUUGCUCCAGAGGACACGUUGACGUUGUCAAAGUUUUAGCCAAAUAUGGUGCCGAUGUCAAUGCGUGCUCAAAUGACGGAAUAAGGUGAGUCUUAUGUACAGGCGUAUCUUUGCUGACGUUAUUGUUCACUUUUUCGCCUAUCACUGUAGGACUUGACUAAUUAAAGGCAUCACCGUAUGUACAAGUUUAGUUCAAAAGAUUAAGAGCUGGUUAUCCUGAGCAAGUUAUACAAUUUUCAGUUCUUUGCAAUCGAUAUCUAAUGAAAUAGAAACCAUCAAAAACUGCGAAAUUGCUAGGUGGAAAAAACAUUAAUGACGCGUACAUUCUUUGUAAAAUGUUGAGUCUUUGAAGGAGGAUUUCCCAAAACUAUUUGCUAUACUGAGCUCAACUUUCAGAGCUGAUAUUGCUACGUUCUUUUCAUAUUCUCUUAUUUUGAUGACUUGAUCAGAGGGUGAUGAGCAUUCUUUCUGUAGGAAGGUCUUAUAUAGAAGAGACCUGGGCUCUUCAUCGGUCGAUAAUCAUCCUUUAGAGAAUGAAUAACUAGUGUUUUCUAAGGCAUUUAUAUGAACGUUUGUUGAAUUUGGGCGUAUUGAAAGUUCAAGAUUGCCUCUUGCGUCAAACUCCGAUGAUUGCUUAGGAAAUUUCACGAAUACAACAACAAUAACAAAACUAUUUAUUUUUCCUAAAUUUAAGUGUUGCAAAAGGGUACCAGCCCGCGGGAAGCUAGUGCUAAUCUUGGCGGGCCAGUCAAUUUACGUGCAGGGACUAAUUUUAUUCCUUUUUGUACACUUUUGUCUAUAUAUUAACGAUUGAACAAAGCAAAGAAAGAAUUAACAGAUUUCUAAUCUGGUCUCGCAACUUAUCGUUCUUCUUUUGGAGUGAAAACGAAUUGGUAUCAAUUUUAAACUAAAAACAAUUUUAACUAACAACUACACGUUUUCGCGUUCUCAAGUCUGCCCGAUAUUACCCCAACGGGUAGGGAUUUUGUAGCUGAUAGCAGACGAUAUCAAAUUGAACAGAUACGAGAGCGCUCUUCAGAACAAAAUUGUGAAAACCUUCCUCUUCCCAUGGCUUUCUUUCGUUUUGAUUAUCAAAGCAUCAUAAUAACGUGGAAGACCCGAAACCCAAGGGUAGCUUCUGACGGCUGAUGAAUCUGCUGUAACAUUUACUGUGUUGCUGAAAUUUCACUUCGUUCUAGGCCAAUUCACGAUGCGGCAGAAGGUGGUCACGUGGCUGUGCUUAGAGUGUUAUUGUCAUACGGUGCAGACCCACUACUCGCAACGUAUUCUGGGAGUACCGCACUUAGCUGUGCCAAAGAACCAAACACAAGGGCUUUCCUUGAAGGUGCGUGACUCGUGAUAUGUAGUCUUAGAUACGCAAGGAUCGAGACAAAAUCGUUACCGUUUGUCAGCAAGUCGCGAGCGUCUAGUGGAGUGCGAAACUUACAAUCUCAUCAAUCUGUAAAUCUGGAUCCGCGCCUUUUAACACGCUUGUCUUGGGAAAAUGGUUUGAAUACUUGAGUUGAUUGCUUGGGUUCUUCUCGGGUAAUCGGAGCUAUCGUCAGAGUUAAUGAAAUUAAAGUAUUGUCAUUUCCUAAGCCCUCCAUGUUUUAUGUCAGGUGUUCUCGAGGAUCUUGACCUGACUACCCCCUCAGCGUCUGCGUAUGAAGGCGAGGUGAGUACUUGUUCUUUGCGAUGCUUUAAGAUGUCUGUGAAACAGAGCUUGACUUAACUUUUUAACUGAGCCCCAACAUUAUCCAGACUAAUCUCGAUACAUUUCUUUAAGGACUAGUUGAGAGGAUUUGUUUAAAGUUCAAAGCAUUUUCCUUGGUGAUUGUUUAAUUAUUUCUUAUGGCCUUUUCUCUUGAUGCUUUAUUGAUAUUAGGGAGUUUACGCAACGACGACGACGACGGCAGGUCCCGCGCAUAUCAAAUCGGACGAAGGACGUUUUUGAAAGUCUAACGUUGCAAGUGCAUCACGCUUUUUUACACAUUUCUCUGCCGUCGUUGCACGACUACAACGUUUUGUCGAGGACAGGAACAAAAGGCAACAGCUUUCUUUUUCUUUUCCUGAACUUUGAUGCAGUCCUUUAGAAUUCAACUCCAAACAAAUUUGCCAAAUGGCGAAUUAAACGAGAUGGAAUAAGCGCGAUAUAGUUUGAGGCAGCGCGAAUUCACUUUUUAAGUGACGUUUUCAUAGCCGUCCCCGUGGUCGUUGCGUAAACUCCCUAUUGUUAGGAGAAAAAUAGUGUCAAUCGCUCUGACUUAACAAGAUCCUAUUCUGAAUUAUUGUUUUACGGCUUUUGUUUUAGGGCUGCUGGGACUUCGGUGGAUCUUCUGCCCUGUUUGGUAAUUUUUUUUUCUAUGCUUUUUUUUUGUCCGCGUUCUACCUUGUAGAUAAUAGACGGGACAUAUGAUGAUAUGAGUAGAUCUCUCGUAGUCCACCAUGAGGCGCAUCGUAGCGAGGUAGCGCUCAGUAAAUUUUCUUCUCGCCAUCCUUGAUUUCAAAGAAGAGGAAGACUUGCAAGAAUAGCAAGGUAGUCUCCUAAGCAGCCGGUGGUUGUCUCGUCACGCAACGCGCAAGAGACAAAUAACGUGUUGCACCGGAGAAAUGGUGCGAUCAAAGCGAUAAAAAAAUGGACGAAAUUUGAAAGGACUCGUGCACAAAAAAUGAGCGUCUCGCAACGCUCACGAGCUCAUAUCGUGCUGCGUUGGAGACUAGGAGAAAGUGCGAUCAAAGCGACCAAAAAGUGGACGUAAUUUGAAAGGACUUGUGUACAACAACAGAAAGUCACCCAACGCUCACGGGACAAAUAACGUGCUGCGUUGGAGAACAGUGGAAAAUGCGAUCAAAAUGGUGCUUAUCAUUUGAAUGAACUCGUACAUAACAAGCAAGCGUCACGAAACGUUCUAGAUCUAGUCCACACCCCUGUCUUUCGUUCGAGAAACAGGCCCUAGGCGUACAUAUCUACACAGAAGUGAAGAGAGUAGUUGAUGUUUUUGCAUGCUUCUUUAUAUCUUUGAUUUGAAAUACUUUUGCUUUAAUUAGAUGAUGUCACGGACCAUACAAAUGGUAUUUUUGAAGGAGUUUCGACCAUAAAAAGUUCUAUGAAGGGAGAGUUUGAAAUGUGCGACAGACCACACCUUCCAACCUACAACCUUCCGGUGAUGGCCGGUCAAGAAUUAACCUCCGGGUAAUCAACCUUUCCUUACUUGGUGCUUAGAAUAAAACAUGAAUCAAGGAGUACAAAAGAUUAAUAGAACAGAGUUAAACAUACAGCAAACCAGUCGACUGAGGAGUUAAACUUUAGAAACUGGUUUGCUGUUGUAUACGUGGCCCUGUGCACAUGUAUCCAUUUUGUUUUAUCGUUUUCAGAGUUUUUUUUUUACAGUGCAACUACUAGAACCGGGACCACCUAGACCGGCAAAGUUGACCAAUCAGAUUACAGGAAAAUAACAAUACAUUCCGAGAAAGUUAGUUGUCAAUCAUAUUUACCACGAAACGAAAUAAACAUGGGUCGAAAUCAACCAAUUACAACUUACAAAUGUGGCCUUUUGAACCCGCUGAAGAAAGAACGUGUUUCCCGAGAGGUUCGUUAGAGUGAGUGAUGGAGGCAAAAAACGUAAACGGUAGUUAUAUUUUUGAUUUGCGGUCGCAUGUUAUUGCAAAGCGUGACAUUAGGAGCUAAGAAAUUGCUGGUAGAUGACCAAGAAAUAUGUCCCCUGGGUGUUGUAUGCAAAGUUUCGAGUGGAAAAACAUUGUCUGGUGAAACAUUUUGCUUUCCUGAAAAACGUUUGCUAUCAAUAUUGCAUUUUGUGCUUCGAGUAACUUUUUGUCUUUUGUUUUACGAGGUGCUGAUUGGCCGACACACAACUUUCUUGGAAUAUAUUGUUACAUUACUGUAAUCCGAUUGGUUAACUUUGUUUAAGUGACCCCUAUUACAGUAGUCGCACUGUAAUCGUGUUUUGUCGUCUACACGAAAACGCAGUAACAAGUGAAAACGGUAUCAUCUUUGAUGACAGCAUGCGCAUUUACUGAUACCCAGCACAGUGACGUAAUUGUUUUCAAAACCCUCCGUUUUCAUCCAUCCACGGAAGAGAAGUUACCAAUGGUGCGUUUCCCUGACCCCAAACAAUACUAAAACAAUUAGAAGAAUGACAUGUCAUUGUUUCCUGUAACCAAUUAGGAGAGACCUUACGAGCAGCUCCUACACUACUCCCAUCCACACGAGUACAGCAAAACGGCGUUUUAAAAACUCUUCAAUCUGGGGAGCAGUUUUGAAAAGAUGCGUUUUCAGUGACCGUUUCCACUAGAUCUGUGUGGACGGGAGAAAAACGGGAGAAAAAAAUCUCCGCUUUCAAACAAAAACGGAUACGUGUGGACGAAGUCUAAAGGCUGAUUUCCACUGACGCGUUUUUGGCUACGCACGUUAACGCACGUAAAUAAAUAAAAUAGAGGCAAGAUAAAGAGUGCUCAACUUAAAACGAGAAGUUGAGCUAGGUUUAUCUUUUACGAUAUUGCCUCUAUUUUAUUUGCGAACGUAAAUUUUACGCACGUACGCACGUAAAAAUUACGCGGCACUGGAAAUCAACCUUACGUCAUGAAUGUCAAGUAGAAUUGAAAUACGCACCUGUUUCAAACUUUGGGCUAAUAAGGUUCUUGUAUAAAGGCGGUCUACCUGACAAAUUUAGUCGCGGGGUAGUACUUUUUUCUGAUCAUUCCUAUACCUCUUUUCAGGCGACGAAAUUAUGUUCUUCUAUCUGACGUCCUUGAACACCUUCGGAUAAGCAGGGUUGCCUUGCUUAAGAAAGUUAAAAGACUUGAUAUACGCGAAAUGCGUUGGUCGCAGUUCAUGGCUGAGAUCGCUGGUAAACCACUGUGCCUUGUUCCUAAGUAUUGUCCUGCUGACAGCAGUACACAAGAAGGAAUAGCUGAACUCGUACCGAUAAACUACAAUCUCCGACGUCUUCUUAACAUUAGAACAGAAACCGUUAGUAUGACGUAA